AUGUAUUUUUGGAAAUCUUUCUUAAUUUUCCUAUUUACAUUAAAUCAAAUUAACUCUGUCGAUAUAAGAAAUGAUGUUGUUUCUAGAGGUCAAAUUGAAGUCAAUUUAGAUGGAGUACAUGUUUAUCCAAAUGUUUAUUGGUCAAUCGUUGAUAAUUUCAUUUUAAAUUUUGUUGGUGGAAUUACUGUUGAUCAAGGUGGUGCAUUUUAUGUUACUAGUAAUAGUGCAACUUUCCAAUUAAGAGUAGUUUUAACUGGUGUUAUUCAUAAUAUUUUGAAUAAUGGUAUAAUUUCAUUAAAUGCUAAAAAUUCUUUAGUUGCACCAGAUUAUAGAUUAGUUGGAAAUUCAUUUACAAAUAAUGGUGAAUUUUAUAUGUCUGGUGAUGGUUCAUUAGGACAGCCAAUUUAUGAAAUAAUGGCUGCAAGUUGGAGAAAUAAUGGUUUAUUAGUAUUACAUCAAAAUCAAAGAUCAAAUGCAAUUACUGAGAUUGGUGCCACAGGUACAAGUAUCAGCAAUGCUGGUACAAUAUGUUUAACAAAUAUUGAAUUUGAACAGAAAACUGCAAUUUUAGGUAAUGGGUGUUUAGUUUUAAAACAAAAAUCAUCGUUAAUUUUACCAAAUGCUUUAUUAGUUUUUUCACAAUUACAAACUAUUUAUAUGGAAGAUGAAAGUUCAAUUGUUAUUGAAGCUCUUUCAACUCCACAAACUUUUAAAGUUGCUAAUUUUGGUCAAGGUAAAAAAAUUGGUUUAACUACAACUUUAGCUCCAACUUUAUUACAUGGAAGUUAUACUUAUGAUACAAAAACUGGUAUUUUAACAUUGUAUACAUUGGCAUUACAUCAAAACUUUAAUAUUGGUACUGGUUAUAAUCCAAGUUUAUUUAGUAUCACUACGGAGACAAGUUCAUUAGUUCCAACUGUUAAUAACGCUGUUUCUUAUUCUGGAAGACCUCCGAAUUCAAAUUUCCCAUCAAAUUGUAUACCUUGUAAGGUAGUACCUGAUCCUCCAGGAUUAAAUCCAACCAGAACUUCAACAGCAAUUAUUUCAACAUUACCUGAUGGAAGUUUAACUACGAGAAGUGCCGAGUUAUUAGUUUCAACAUCAGCAAACGGAAAUUGGUUUACAUCGACAAUUUGGGGUUCAGAACCAAGUACAAGCUCAAGUUCAAGCUCCACGAGCUUAUCAAUUAGGUCUAGUUCAAGUUCAAUUAGCUCAAGCUCUUCAGUCACAAGCUCCAGCUCUUCAAUCACAAGCUCCAGUUCAGAAUCAAGCUCCAUCUUGUCUGACUCUCAAUUUUCAAGCUCAAGCUCAGAAUCAUCAUCGAGUGAAUCAAGUUCAAAUCAACCAGAAACUACAACAGAAUCAACCGGGACACUCGAAGUUACAACAAUACCAACAACAUCAUCAGCUAGAACCACAACACCGUUAUUUACUCAGUAUACAACCACUAUUUUAGAUGUAAAUGAACGUUCAGAAACUUUUUCGAAUGCAGUUGAUAUUUUAAUUAGUACCAAUGAAGAUGGAGAAUGGUUUACAAGUACGCAUGAUAUCCCGGAAUCAUUUGAAAGAUAUACAACGACACUUUACACAGUUUUAAUUGAUGAAAAUAAUAGUAGAUUAUUUACUUAUACACUAUAUGAAGUUGUCAUUUCGACUGAUUCAAAUGAACAAUGGUAUACCUCAUCAUAUACUAUCCCACCAACAUUUACUCAAUAUACUUAUACUCAAACUUCAUUUAAUCCGCAAGGUAUUAUCUCAGUAACUACAUAUAUUAAAAAAGUCACAACUGAUGAAUUUGGAAAUUGGACAACUCAAACAUUACCAAUUACACCAGAAGUUACAAAUUACAGAACCACAUACUUGACUACAAAUACUCAAGGUGGAUUUGAAACCAUAACAGCUGAAGUUCAUAUUAGUUCAAAUGAACAAGGAUGGUAUACAAGUGAAUUUAAAGAACAAUUUACAACUUAUACAACUAAUGUAAUUGAAUCUGGUGAAACUAAACGUGCUGCAGUCAUUGUCUCAACUAAUGAAUUUGAAUCUUGGUAUACUACAACUUCAAUUUUUCCACCACAACCAACUCGAUUUGCAACUGCUCACGUUUUUACAGAUGAAGAUGGAGAUUUGUAUACUUCAUUUCAUGAUAUUGUAAUAACUACAGAUGAUGACGGAAAUUGGCAUACUUAUACUGAAGAUUUUCAACCAGAACCAACUGUUUUAACUUUAGUAAUUGGCGAUGAAGAUACUGAAGGUAUUACAAUUGAAGUUAUUGUAACAACAGAUGAAGAUGGUAAUUGGUAUACUGAAUACGAACCUCAAGAACCUAGAUUUUAUUCAUAUGAUACAACUUUUGUAAUUGGAACAGAAACAAUUACAGCAACAGUUAUAAAAUCAACAAAUAGAAGAGGUGAGACAUAUACUUCAACAUAUCAUGAAUCACCGCCUUAUUAUCAGACAUAUACAAGUUUAUUCACGACUGAAGUUCCAAGUGUUGGUUUAAGAACAAGAGUUGCUGAAUUUGUCGUUACUCGAGAUGAAAAUGAUAAUUGGACGACUAUAACGAGCUUAUUACCUCAAUCUUUUACCAAUUAUGUUUUAACUUAUACUACUACAGAUUAUUGGGGUGAUAAAGUCACUGAAAGUGCUCAAAUUUUAAUCACCACAAAUCCAAGAGGAGGUUGGUUUACUGGUAUUUAUGAAAUUUUUGCAAUUAGUACAUUAACGUAUUUAACAACAAAUGUACAAGGUGAAACUAUAUUAGAAACAAGUGAAGUUAUGGCUACUAGUAUUAUUUCAAGUUUAGAAGAAGGUGAAGAAGCAAGUGGUAUAUUUACACAAAUAAAUGAAAGUAAUGGAUAUUUUUCAUCAAGUGAUUAUUAUCUAUCAGAAACUGGAACAUCAACUAGUGUAUCAGAAAGUAACGAAUACUACUCAUCAACUGGUAAUUUAGCUUAUGAAACUGGUGAAAGUGAGACAACUUUAAAUGCAAAUACUUUAAGUCCAACUAAAUAUUUAACUUUAUUCACAGAAACUGAUGAAAAUAGUGUUGAAGAAACAAAAUUAGCUGAAAUUUUGAUAACUUCAAAUGAUGAAUCAAUAUGGACAACCAUAACAAGUUACAUAACUCCUAGUCUAUCUUCAGAAGUAGUCGAUUCAUCAAUUGGAACAUCUUUAGAUGCAACCUAUAGUGAAUUUGUAAAUUAUGGAUUUAUAACAACCUAUACUACAACUUAUGAAGACAACAGCAUUAAAACUGAGUCAGCAUAUAUUGAAUUUUUUCAAAAUCCAGAUGGUGAUGUAUCAUUUACAAGUUCAAAAUAUCCAGAUCCAACAUCAUAUUAUACUACAUAUGAAUCUAUAGAUUCUAAUGGAAUUACAUCUACUCAAUCUGCUUAUGUUGAUAUUAGUGUAGUUGAAGGAAUUGCAACAACAUCCUCAUCAAUUAUAGAACCGGAAAAUACCGAAUAUAACACAAUUAUCGAAACUACUGAUGCUAAUGGGAAAGUAUCAACCAGCUUAGGUAAUGUUAUUAUCACGUCGGAUAUUGAAGGAUGGUCAACAACUACGGAAGAAAUAACGGAAGAAACCACCAUUACUAUACCAGAUAGUAACAAUUCGAAUAUAUUUACUGAAGUAAUUGUAAGUUCUGAAUCUAAUGGAGAAUUAACUACUGAAAUCAAUGAAAUCACUCAAAUUGAAACAGAGUAUCCAACAAUUAUUGAAAGUACAGAAUCAAAUGGUGAAAUUUCUACCAGCUUAGGUAAUGUUAUUAUCACGUCGGAUACUGAAGGAUGGUCAACAACUACUGAGGAAAUAACAGAAGAAACCACAAUUACAUUAGAUGGAAAUUCAGAAAUUUAUACUGAGGUUAUAAUCAGUAGUGAAACUAAUGGAGAAUUAACUACAGAAUUCAAUGAGUUGACACAUAGUGAAACUGAAUACCUUACAAUUGUAGAAACCACUGAUUUUAAUGGUGAAACUUCAACCAGCUUAGGUAAUGUUAUUAUCACGUCGGAUAUUGAAGGAUGGUCAACAACUACGGAAGAAAUAACGGAAGAAACCACCAUUACUAUACCAGAUAGUAACAAUUCGAAUAUAUUUACUGAAGUAAUUGUAAGUUCUGAAUCUAAUGGAGAAUUAACUACUGAAAUUAAUGAAAUCACUCAAAUUGAAACAGUGUAUCCAACAAUUAUUGAAAGUACAGAAUCAAAUGGUGAAAUUUCUACCAGCUUAGGUAAUGUUAUUAUCACGUCGGAUACUGAAGGAUGGUCAACAACUACUGAGGAAAUAACGGAAGAAACCACAAUUACUAUACCAGAUAGUACCAAUUCGAAUAUAUUUACUGAAGUAAUUGUAAGUUCUGAAUCUAAUGGAGAAUUAACUACUGAAAUUAAUGAAAUCACUCAAAUUGAAACAGUGUAUCCAACAAUUAUAGAAAGUACAGAAUCAAAUGGUGAAAUUUCUACUAGCUUAGGUAAUGUUAUUAUCACGUCGGAUAUUGAAGGAUGGUCAACAACUACUGAGGAAAUAACAGAAGAAACCACGAUUACUAUACCAGAUAGUACCAAUUCGAAUAUAUUUACUGAAGUAAUUGUAAGUUCUGAAUCUAAUGGAGAAUUAACUACUGAAAUUAAUGAAAUCACUCAAAUUGAAACAGAGUAUCCAACAAUUAUAGAAAGUACAGAAUCAAAUGGUGAAAUUUCUACUAGCUUAGGUAAUGUUAUUAUCACGUCGGAUAUUGAAGGAUGGUCAACAACUACGGAAGAAAUAACGGAAGAAACCACAAUUACUAUACCAGAUAGUACCAAUUCGAAUAUAUUUACUGAAGUAAUUGUAAGUUCUGAAUCUAAUGGAGAAUUAACUACUGAAAUUAAUGAAAUCACUCAAAUUGAAACAGUGUAUCCAACAAUUAUUGAAAGUACAGAAUCAAAUGGUGAAAUUUCUACCAGCUUAGGUAAUGUUAUUAUCACGUCGGAUACUGAAGGAUGGUCAACAACUACUGAGGAAAUAACAGAAGAAACCACGAUUACUAUACCAGAUAGUAGCAAUUCGAAUAUAUUUACCGAGGUGAUUGUAAGUUCUGAAUCUAAUGGAGAAUUAACUACUGAAAUUAAUGAAAUCACUCAAAUUGAAACAGUGUAUCCAACAAUUAUUGAAAGUACAGAAUCAAAUGGUGAAAUUUCUACCAGCUUAGGUAAUGUUAUUAUUGCGUCGGAUACUGAUGGAUGGUCAACAACUACGGAAGAAAUAACAGAAGAAACCACGAUUACUAUACCAGAUAGUAGCAAUUCGAAUAUAUUUACCGAGGUGAUUGUAAGUUCUGAAUCUAAUGGAGAAUUAACUACUGAAAUCAAUGAAAUCACUCAAAUUGAAACAGAGUAUCCAACAAUUAUAGAAAGUACAGAAUCAAAUGGUGAAAUUUCUACUAGCUUAGGUAAUGUUAUUAUCACGUCGGAUAUUGAAGGAUGGUCAACAACUACGGAAGAAAUAACGGAAGAAACCACAAUUACUAUACCAGAUAGUACCAAUUCGAAUAUAUUUACUGAAGUAAUUGUAAGUUCUGAAUCUAAUGGAGAAUUAACUACUGAAAUCAAUGAAAUCACUCAAAUUGAAACAGAGUAUCCAACAAUUAUUGAAAGUACAGAAUCAAAUGGUGAAAUUUCUACCAGCUUAGGUAAUGUUAUUAUCACGUCGGAUACUGAAGGAUGGUCAACAACUACUGAGGAAAUAACAGAAGAAACCACAAUUACAUUAGAUGGAAAUUCAGAAAUUUAUACUGAGGUUAUAAUCAGUAGUGAAACUAAUGGAGAAUUAACUACAGAAUUCAAUGAGUUGACACAUAGUGAAACUGAAUACCUUACAAUUGUAGAAACCACUGAUUUUAAUGGUGAAACUUCAACCAGCUUAGGUAAUGUUAUUAUAACGUCAGAUAUUGAAGGAUGGUCAACAACUACGGAAGAAAUAACAGAAGAAACCACCAUUACUAUACCAGAUAGUAGCAAUUCGAAUAUAUUUACUGAAGUAAUUGUAAGUUCUGAAUCUAAUGGAGAAUUAACUACUGAAAUUAAUGAAAUCACUCAAAUUGAAACAGAGUAUCCAACAAUUAUAGAAAGUACAGAAUCAAAUGGUGAAAUUUCUACUAGCUUAGGUAAUGUUAUUAUCACGUCGGAUAUUGAAGGAUGGUCAACAACUACGGAAGAAAUAACGGAAGAAACCACAAUUACUAUACCAGAUAGUACCAAUUCGAAUAUAUUUACUGAAGUAAUUGUAAGUUCUGAAUCUAAUGGAGAAUUAACUACUGAAAUUAAUGAAAUCACUCAAAUUGAAACAGUGUAUCCAACAAUUAUUGAAAGUACAGAAUCAAAUGGUGAAAUUUCUACCAGCUUAGGUAAUGUUAUUAUCACGUCGGAUACUGAAGGAUGGUCAACAACUACUGAGGAAAUAACAGAAGAAACCACGAUUACUAUACCAGAUAGUAGCAAUUCGAAUAUAUUUACCGAGGUGAUUGUAAGUUCUGAAUCUAAUGGAGAAUUAACUACUGAAAUUAAUGAAAUCACUCAAAUUGAAACAGUGUAUCCAACAAUUAUUGAAAGUACAGAAUCAAAUGGUGAAAUUUCUACCAGCUUAGGUAAUGUUAUUAUUGCGUCGGAUACUGAUGGAUGGUCAACAACUACGGAAGAAAUAACAGAAGAAACCACGAUUACUAUACCAGAUAGUAGCAAUUCGAAUAUAUUUACCGAGGUGAUUGUAAGUUCUGAAUCUAAUGGAGAAUUAACUACUGAAAUUAAUGAAAUCACUCAAAUUGAAACAGAGUAUCCAACAAUUAUUGAAAGUACAGAAUCAAAUGGUGAAAUUUCUACCAGCUUAGGUAAUGUUAUUAUUGCGUCGGAUACUGAUGGAUGGUCAACAACUACGGAAGAAAUAACAGAAGAAACCACGAUUACUAUACCAGAUAGUAGCAAUUCGAAUAUAUUUACCGAGGUGAUUGUAAGUUCUGAAUCUAAUGGAGAAUUAACUACUGAAAUCAAUGAAAUCACUCAAAUUGAAACAGAGUAUCCAACAAUUAUUGAAAGUACAGAAUCAAAUGGUGAAAUUUCUACCAGCUUAGGUAAUGUUAUUAUCACGUCGGAUACUGAAGGAUGGUCAACAACUACUGAGGAAAUAACAGAAGAAACCACAAUUACAUUAGAUGGAAAUUCAGAAAUUUAUACUGAGGUUAUAAUCAGUAGUGAAACUAAUGGAGAAUUAACUACAGAAUUCAAUGAGCUGACACAUAGUGAAACUGAAUACCUUACAAUUGUAGAAACCACUGAUUUUAAUGGUGAAACUUCAACCAGCUUAGGUAAUGUUAUUAUAACGUCAGAUAUUGAAGGAUGGUCAACAACUACGGAAGAAAUAACAGAAGAAACCACCAUUACUAUACCAGAUAGUAGCAAUUCGAAUAUAUUUACUGAAGUAAUUGUAAGUUCUGAAUCUAAUGGAGAAUUAACUACUGAAAUCAAUGCAAUAACUCAUAUUGAAACAGAAUUUCCUACUAUUAUAAUGACUACUGAUUCAGAUGGUGAGUCUACUUCAAGCUUAGGUAAUAUUAUAAUCACAUCAGAGAAUGGGAAUUGGUCAACAACAACACAAGAAAUUUUAGAAGAGACAACAUUCACAUUAAUUGAUCGUUCUGAAAUAUUUACAGUAAUUAUAGUAACUAGUAAUUCAGAAGGAAGUUUCACAACUCAAAUCAAUGAAUUUACAUGGACUAGUGUUGAAUCAAGUACAAGUUUAGAAAAUGAAUGGUCAACAACUAUUUUACCAAUUGAUCACGAAACAAGUUUUACACUAAUUGAAACUUACACUACUUUUGAUUUGAUCGAAGCUGUCAUAUUCCUGGAUAAAAAUGGAGAGUUAACUACUAUAUUUGAAACUAUUGAACCAGAGAGGUCGCAGUCUUCAAGUUUAAUUCAAUUUUCAUCAAUAUUCAAUGUAUCAAGUCCAGAAAUUACGCAAUAUCCAACCAUAAUUGAAAUUGAUAAUUCAACUGAAAUAACGGAAAUAUUAAUCUCAUCUAAUGAGUGGGACAAUAUAACAACCAUAAUACCUUCAAUAGCUCAUGAAACUGAAUUUACGGUUCAGAAAUCUGAUGAAAUGAUUGAAGUACUUGUUACAUCUGACUCCGAGAAUGAAUUUGGUACUUCGCUGAGUGGUAUUUCAGAGUUUUAUACAUUGAUAGAGACAAUCGAUGAUAAUAAUCAAACAAUAAGAAGUCUUGGUAUAGUUGUUACUGGUUCAAAAGAUGGAGAAUUAUACACAUCUACUAGACUGAUUGAUCAAGAAUUAUCAACAAUUACCAUUUCAGAGCCAAAAACUUCAAAAGAAAUAAUUGGUGUUAAUAUUAUAAGUUCAGAGGAUGGUUUAAAUACCGAAGUAAGUACAAUUUCAUCAAUGCCCGAAUCUACAACUUAUCCUACAUUAAUUGAAGAAACAAGUCAAGGCUCAUUAGUAUCCAAUGCUGCUCAAAUUAUAGCUACCAAGGGUGGAAAUGAUCAAUGGACAACAAUUACUCAACCAAUAUCUGAAGAAACUAUAUUCACUAUUUCCCAAGAUAGUUCUGAAAUUAUAGUAGCUAUAGAAUCCCUGGAAGGUAACUUAAUUACAAAUGUUGAAGAAAUUUCACCAAGUAUAACGUACUCUUCAUAUCCUACAAUGAUUCUAGUUACCGAUGAGAAUGGAGAAGUAUCAACAAGUUUAGCAAUUGCAGUAAUUACAAAAUCUGAACAAUCAAUGUCAUCAUCAAAUCAUUAUUCAAUUAUAGUUACUACUGAUGAACUAGGAAACUAUACAACAAAAGCAAUUCAAGUGAUUGUUACAACUAAUGCAAGAUCAGAAAUAACUACUUUAAUUACUGAUAUUACUGAUCAAGCAAGAUAUACAAUCACGAAUGAAGAAACUCCAAUUGAAGUACAUGUUACAUCUGAAUCUGAUGGAUUAGUAACUUUAAUUAAUCAACAAUCUUCAACUACUACUUUUUCAGAAGUACAAAAUUCAAAUGAAGGUAUUAUGAAUUCUGCUUCUUUAAUAGCUACUUUAUUCCUUUCAUUUAUUCAUAUAUUAAUUAUUUAG